CUUGGGUUGAUGUAAACAAACGAGGAGCGGACCAAGCGGUGAGCAAAAGCGCAGAGAAGCAUCUUUGAAGAUCACGUUUAUUACUAAAGGACAGAAUGAGCUUUAACACCAACUGGAAUGUGGAGGCUUAUCACACCUUCUACGAGAGCGAAGAGCACUGGGAACUCAAACGUGAUUUCAUUCUGGCACACAAAGACAGGAUCCCUGAAGAACGCUUAAUUUGCCUCGCACAGGUCUUUGUCAAUGUAGAAUUAUUAGGUUGUAGGUACCCAGAACAGACCAUGAAACAGGUUGCAGUUCUUGCAAAGGAUGUUGCAAAUGGCUACAGAGAAAGAAAAAAGAACAAAUUACAACGUACUUUUGUGAAGGCUUCAGAUGCAGCAAGUGCUAAAGUGCAAGGUAGCAGAGGCCCACCAAAAUAGACAAAUUUAUUACUGCAAGAUAAAAUACAGAUGGCUUGCAGAAGUUUGUUUCUAUAGUCAAGUUAUUGCAAUUAUUCUCGCAUUGAAAUUUUACAGAUAAUAGGACUUGUAGGUGAAUUUAAAUGUACAACAAAUAUUUGAAAUAAUUUUACAAGAAAACAGCAAAAAUUCUUUUUUUUUCUGUGAUAUUGACAGAUUUUUAGGAUGCAUCAGUAAAUAUUUCUAACCUUUUCUGUCUUACAAGUUAAGUUAUAUAUUUUCUUUAAACUUCAAAGCUUGUAUGUGAACUUGUCAACAGGCAUUGUUGAUUAGAAGAAAUACAUUUUCUAUCAUAUUUGUUCUGAAUUCACAUUUUUGUACAUAACCUUUUAUAAAAUUGAUAUGAAGACAUCUUUUUUAUCAAUAUUUCCCAUAUGCAUUGUAUAAUUAAAACAAAGAUAUUGUUCAACUAAUUUUAGAGGCUACUUAGACAGUUCCAUUGUACAAAGUGGUUAAUCUAUACUAUUUGAACUAUUCAGCAAGGUAGUGAAUCAUCUGCAGAAGGGAAGAAAUAAGACAGUAAAUUCCUACAUUCAUCAAUUUAUUAGCUAAUUGAAAAUUCCUUUUUUGGCAUCUUGAUGGUAAAUAACAUUGUUCAUAAGAUUUCCAAUAAAGUAACAUAGGGAUGGUUACCUCGUUAGUGGGAGAUAGUCAUUUCUUAUCAUCUCUCUUGAUAGGGACAAACAAUUUUAUAGUCAGUCAUAUAUGUGGACGUUUGUUGUCCAAGUGAUGUGAUAUAUUUUAUUGAUGUCCUGGUAUUCAUGGUUUUGAUGACACAUGUAAGCUAUGUAAAAUGUCUGAAAUCUCCAUUGGUUCUGUUAUUAUUUGUUUUGUAGGAGAUCUAAAAUGUAUUUUUUUUUC